AAACGGAUAUCACAGCAGGCUCCGUCUUCCAAGGCAGCGAAGACUGCUUGUUCCUCAACGUCUACACCAAAACCCUCAACGGUAGCACACCUGUCAUGGUCUACAUCCACGGAGGAUCCUUCUUAUCUGGAUCAGGAAACGAUGCCCUGUACGGGCCAAAGUUCAUCGUUCAACAGGACGUUGUCCUGGUCACUUUGAACUACAGACUUGAAGUUCUCGGUUUCUUAAGUCUGAAUACCUCCGAGGUUCCUGGCAAUGCUGGUAUGAAGGAUCAAGUUGCUGCGUUGCAGUGGAUAAAGGAGAAUAUAGCAAGUUUUGGAGGAGAUCCCGAUAAUAUUACGAUUUUUGGUGAGAGUUCCGGGGCUUGCUCUGUCAGUCAUCAUAUUCUGUCGCCGAUGACUACGGGACUGUUCCAUAAAGUUAUCGCGCAGAGUGGUACCAGUGUCCAUGAUUGGGCGAUAGGUGAAGAUAGCAAGAACAGAGCGUUUAGAGUUGGACAAGUUUUAGGAAAAGACACGAAUGAUACCACUGAGCUGCUUGAGUUUUUAAGAACUGUACCAGCAGCGAAUUUAACUAAUUUGACAAUUGCUACUUAUACAGACGAUGAAAAGUAUAGAGGACAACCUGAGAAAUUUUUGCCUGUUGUCGAAAAUAUAUUUGAUGGUGUCGAAGCUUUUCUAUGCGAAAACCCUUUGGAUAUUCUUCAAUCGGAAACAAUUCGCAAUGUUCCAUUGAUGUUAGGAUUUAACUCCGCUGAAGCCAUUCUUAUGAUUGCAGAUCGCUUAGCAAAUUUAGACAUUUAUAAUAAUAAUACAUCCUACGACGUACCUAGAGAGAUCGCCGAAAAAUUAACCGAAGAGCAAAUUAAUGAUAUGGGCAAAAGAAUAAGGACAUUUUAUAUUGGUGACAGAGAAUAUACAGCGAGCGAUUAUAAGGAGAUUGUCACAAUGUUGUCUGAUGUGCAUUUUAUAUACGACGUGCAUAGAUUUACCUACUUGUAUUCUAAACACAGCAGUCCCAUUUAUAUGUACAGGUUCAGUUUCGAUACUGACCUUAAUUUUAUAAAGAGUAUGUAUAGUACGGGUUUGGAAUUGGAAGGAGCUUGUCACGGAGAUGAUGUAUUUUAUAUGUUUUCUAGUAGUUAUACCAAAGAUGCUUACGAAUCGCAAGAAACGUUGCAGAAUUACGUGACGAAUGUGACUAAAUUAUGGACGGAUUUUGCUAAAACCAGCAACCCGACUCCAGAAAACUCCACCGAACCAACAUGGCCGUUAUACACGACAGUGAACAAGGAAUACUUAGACAUCAACGUACAGUCGACGGCGGGUAACUUCUCGGACAAGGCGAGCGUGGAAUUUUGGGACGGCCUGUAUUGUGAGGCUGGCUUGCCAUGCAUUGGGAAUAACUAA